AGGAAGCCGGGGCAGCUUUGCGAGCUAAGGGAGGAAAGGGUGGAUCUAGUAGCCGGUGGGAGUUUUCAGGUGCAAGCAUGGAGCGGAGAAUGUAGUUCUCAUUUACCUCUGCGUUUACCCUGUCAGAAGAGUUUGGGGUCCCACUGUUGCCUGAAGUUGGGGAAAAAGUGUGUGCCCUGUUGGGUGUCUGACCUGAUGGCUGCGAAGUCUUGGGAAGUGACAGCCUGUGUGGGGUGUGGCCUCCACCUUUGCGUGAAUGUGUGGAUAUUUGUCUUCUCUGUACUGCUUUCCUUGCCCGGGGUGUCAUGGCUAGCUGAAGUUGACCUUGUGGAUUGUGCAUAGGGCUGUCCCCUCAAGCACUUACCACACCUAGCUCCGAGGCUGUUUGUAGGUACCAGCUGUUUUCAUUUGGGGGUGGGACUUUAUGGCCUAUGAAGAUUCCAGGUCUCAGAAAGGUGUUUAAGCUUUUGGAGUCACCGUGCUUCUGUGGACGCAAAGUUUGAAGUUCUUUUCCAAUAAUGUCAGUUUCUGAAGGAGGAGAGACCUAAGUUCAUGUCUCUUGCACUGGACUUUGCAGGCAAGGUUGAGCAAGGGUCGGUGUCUUGCCUGAGUCUGAUGUUCAGAUUGUCCAGUUGUUAGCCUGAGUGGGUAGCCUGAGUGGGUGUUAGCCAUGGUGUGAUUAUCCUUAGCUGUCAGUAUUAGGAGGACGGUGGAGUUGGGGGGGGGGCAGCUGGUCUUGACCGACUUCUCUAACUUCUUCCUCAGAAGCUCUCUGAACUACCCCCCAGCACAGCUGUCCCCCCAAACUGUCUGCCUAAUCACUGUGUGCGCCUAGGCUGGCAGAAGCCAGGCAGGCAGCUGGAAGCACUGGCUUUGCUGAGGCUUGCUGCUCCCCCUUAAGCAUACAUAUGAGUAUACCAUGCACGUUUGCGCGCGUGCGUGCACACACACACACACACACACACACCUUUGAUCGGGAGGCAGUUGGCUGUACUUGUGCUGAGUUCAGGCCUUCAGUAGAGGGUGAAAUCUGUUGAGGAGGCACUUUUCAGCUCCCAGCCACCACACUCUGCACUUUUCUGUGCAAUCGCAGGAAGUUGCUGUUUUGAGCUGUGAGGGGAGCUCCUGCUAGGGCUGUCUCUCCCACCUCUGCCUGCGCUCCUGGUGCGGGUCUGGGGCCAGCCUGUAAGAAAGGCCGAUGCCUUUCAGACCUCCAGUUCUGGCUUCCCUCUUUCUCUUUGAUCUGACAGGACUCUUGCCUUUGAAAAUGCUCUUAAUCUGGUCCUGGAGAGAAGAUCCUCUGCGUAAUAUUCGCAUGUAGCCACACCUCCUGUGCAAGACCAGGAGUUGGUAGGGGCUCUGCCUCCCUAGCUCACAUGCUGGUUCUCUUGAGAAGUGUAAGGCGCACCCCACCCCGUACCCCCAGCACAUUGUUGCCCGAGGUGCUUACAGCCUCCUCUGAAAGAGACUGCAGCCACCUCACCUGCAGUCCCUUCCCACUUCCCUGCUUCCAACCUGGAAAGGGGAGGAGGCGGCUUUACCCGUGGGACUGAUAGGUGCUCAACUAAGCGGGGAUUCCCAGCCUGGGUGUACACAACUGUUCUUGGCAAGGCUUUAGAAAGCUGAGCACGAGAUUGAGAGCCAGAGGGGCGGCUGACUGUAGGAGGUAGCUGUUUUGCUUUUGUUCCCUGGCCCUGUGGUCACUGACCCUAGGCAGAGAGCCAGAGACUAGCCGGUGACCCAAAGGGGCUAACUCUUGCCUGCUUCCAGCCAGCAGUGCCCUCCCCUCUGCUCAUUGUGGGGCCCUUGUGAAACGCACAGUGUCGGGUGGGGCAGGAGCACAGGAUGCUGCAACCAAGCCACAGGAUGGUUACUCCAUCUGUAGAGGAGGUGGACAGGGAGGACUGGAGGGCCUGGGCUCAGCUCCUCCCAGCUGGACUGCCUGCUACCUGGAAGAGUGCCUGCUCAUUGUGCCCCCGGGUUAUGACGACCCCCAAUAAAGGAAACAAGGCCUUAAAGGUGAAGCGGGAGCCAGGAGAGAAUGGCACCAGCCUGACCGACGAGGAGCUGGUGACCAUGUCGGUGCGAGAGUUAAACCAGCACCUUCGAGGCCUAUCCAAGGAAGAGAUCAUCCAGCUGAAGCAGCGCCGGCGCACACUCAAGAACCGCGGCUACGCGGCUAGCUGCCGAGUGAAGCGGGUGACGCAGAAGGAGGAGCUGGAGAAGCAGAAGGCGGAGCUGCAGCAGGAGGUGGAGAAGCUGGCCUCUGAAAACGCCAGCAUGAAGCUGGAGCUUGACGCGCUGCGCUCCAAGUACGAGGCCCUGCAGAACUUUGCCAGGACCGUGGCCCGCAGCCCUGUGGCCCCAGCUCGGGGUCCCCUUGCUGCUGGCCUGGGGCCCUUGGUCCCUGGCAAGGUAGCUGCCACCAGCGUCAUCACGAUAGUAAAGUCCAAGACAGAUGCUCGGUCAUAGGGACACGUGCAGUUGCCAGGCAGGUCUUUAAGGGGCCACUAAGUGCGUGGCAAAGUUGGCAGCCCUGUCCCUCUUCCUUUCCUUUUCCUGUCUCUUCUCUCCCUUCCCCUUUUCCUUCCCUGCAAAGCACAACCUGCACCCAGGGGCGUUGGGCUGAGCCCCCUUGAUAUCAUCCUUGUCGUCACGCGUGUGUUUUGUACGUUGGGAUUGGUCAGUUCAACAGUGAUGUUGGGUUGCCCCUAACCCCUUUGUACCAAGGCCAUGCAAGCUAGGAGUCCAGAGUGGGCACUGUGGGAAUGGACAAGAGUACAAGUGGGCAAGUGUACUGGGCUUAGGUCUGCCCUUCCUCUCUGGUGGCCUGCAGUGGGACUUUAGAGCUCUUUUCAGAUUCCAGUGGGCCUCUCAGCUUGAUCCAGAAAGGGAGAGAUGGCUCUGUCCUGAAAAGUGGUUAUGUCUUGAAGGCCCUGGAUGAGCAGGGCCACCAGCCCUGGCACUGGGGCAGGAACCAUGGUGCUGGAGCCUGGCACAGUGCACUGGAUAAGACCAAAUCGCCGGUUAUAAGUGUGGGUGGCCGGUGUGUCAGUGUGUCCUGCGGUGGGUCCGGUGUUGCUGUUUACAUGACCUGUGUGUGGUUAUAUAGCCCUUUAUUUAAAAGAGAAGUUCCUUUUACGAAGUUAUUAAAUUAUAUGUUUAAGAGCUAAAAAGAAAAAAAAAAGAAGAGCUACAGAGUAUUUAUAAAAUUGUCUUAAAAACAAACAAAAAAAAAAAGAAACACAUUUGACCGUAUAAAUGGAAAAGGGAAGAAAGUAUAGUAGAAACUUUGCUAGUUAAAAAAAAAUCCCUUUCUUGUAAAUUUGGGGACAGCUCUGUGGCUGUUGGAGUUUAGUUUUUAUACACAGAGUUAUGAGACAUUACUUAUAAAACUUAGUUUAAAAAAAGAAAAAGAAAAAAAAAAUAAGCCAAGCUGCGAGCCGACCAGAGGCCGUCCUCUUUGAUAUCUCUUUUGCAAUUGUACCGAAAGUGACUUACUCCUUUGCCCUUCCUGCUUCCGUCUUGCCGGUGCCGUGGUGUUGUCCGUGCCUGGUGAGGUUUUGUGCAGCCGUAGAGUGCUGGUGCUUCUGGUGACCUUUGACCUGUGGCUGUCCCUGUGUGUGGGUCUUUUUUUCGUGUGUGUGUGUUCGGGUUUUUUUUGUUUGUUCUUUUUCUUUUUUUGUCGUUGUUGUGGUGGUUUUGCUUCUGCUGGCUUGCUGGACCUGGGUUGGGCUGGGGUCCCAGGCAGAGCUUACUCCACUGGAGUAUGGGAGACUGCCUGCCGGCUCACAUUCUGCACUUGUCCAUUCCUCUGCCACGAGGUCCCUCUGAGCCUUGGCUUCGCAUGUGGGUCUAGGGCUUGGGUUGGCGGAGUGGCAGAGUCAGUGAAAUUGGGAGUCGUGUUGGGCCCCCAUGCUGCUUCCACAUCCACCACCUCUGGUCCUGGAUGGUGGCAUUGCAGGGACCAAGGAGUCACUGUGGGUGCCCACGGGGCUGCGUCCUAUCUGUCCCUGGCUGUCUUCCUCCUGGCCUCAGCUUUGUUCCUCUAGGCUUCAACUGGGGCCUCGGCUAGGCCACCCCAGAGGCCUACCUUGUUGGUUGGGAAUCCUAUCACCCACCUAUCCCUAAAAUCCCAUUCUGUGGGAUGUUGUUUCCCGGGCAGAUUGGUCAGGGGCCCCGAUUGGGGGCCACCUAUUCUUCCCUGCCUCACUGUGAGAGCCUGGAGGUCUCCACCAUUGCCAGACAAGGGCUUUGGCUUCAGGGCCGGGUCUGUCUCUUCCCCAUUGUCUGCAGCUCUUGGCUCUGGGCCCUUAUGCCUCCCUUCAGGAUCUGUGUCUUCCAGGGAUCCGCUGUUCGGCUUGGAGGUGCUUCUCCGCAGGGUCCAAGCCUGCCUCCUCACCCCAGCUAUCCAGGGGAGGCUGCCCACCUUCCAGGCUUGGCUCAGGAAGCUCCUCGUAGGCGGAUGCCCACCUGGUCGCAUGGCCCUUGUCCUCUUGCUGGCGUUGCUGGUGUCUUCUCUGGGGGCCUGGAUCCCUGACAAGCACAGAGUGUGAGCUGGUGAAAGGAAAGACUGGCCUGAUAGGCCUUUACCUCGUGGGCAGCGGAUUUUCACUCAGUUUAACCCAGCAUGCAGUGCUCUGGGAGCAGGACCUCUGCCAGCCCUGGCAUUGUGGUGGGCUUCUUUGGCUCAAGGUGCUCAGACACUCCCGCUGAUGCCGGGGUCAGAUGUGAAUGGGAGUCCCGACUGUCAGUUAUGCGUUACCAGGUGACCUCACCCCCUCCCUUGGGCUCUCUAACUGGUGCCCAGAUGAGUUGCUGAUCCUGACCGUGGCAGCAGAACUGGGUGGAUUAUGCCCAUGCCUAGCAGAGGAGAGGGGCGGGCUUUCCAAGUUCUCUGGUCCUGGCUGAGUGGUAGCAAACAGUUGAGCGUGGCCGUCCAUGUGGGGAGAGGAGGCUGAGACCGUGCGUGUGUUGAACAGAAGCAGCAGAUGGUAGCUUCUGCACUGGGUAGGGCCGUGCUUGUGGCCUUCAUAUCUGCCUCUGCGCCCCGAGUCGGGAACAUUCCCUGCUGAGCCCCUCUUCCCUUCUUGAUUUCGCGACAGUAGAUCUGUGUCCAGGCGUGACUCCUGGCUGUCUCUCUGAUCAUUGUUUAUCCUGUUUUCCUGCUGUGAGGGUGUUGUGUUUGCUUUCCGACACAGCUACGGAGAGCUUUGGCUGAGGCUCUCCCAGGUUACUCUGCUAAGUAAACUGUUAUUGUGCGGCUUCCCUCCUCCCUUGACUCUACCUGACCUCCUUCCUUGGACAUGGACACUCAGAUUUCACAGGAAAACCCACAUGGGGUGGAUCAGUUUCCUCUAGAGUAUGGUCCCGGCGAGUCCUCCCCCUCCACUGUGUCUGGCUGCUAACCUGGGUGUUUGUACCGUUAGCGUAGGGCCUCCAUGGCAACCCUGAGUUAUUCUGGGUUCGCUGUCUUCACCAGGCGUUCCUGCAGGCUCUCCUCAGUCCACCAUCUCGGUCUGUGUGUGCUCUGUGUGUGCUAGCAGCAGCCUUGGUGUUCGGUGCCAGGGUGUGCAGCUUUGAUAAGCUACAACCCACUUGGAGAUGGUGAGGCCACUUCCCUGCUACCUCCCUCUGUGGUGUGGCCACUUGGCCAAAGCUCCCAUCCACAGCUGGGAUGUCUGAGCCACAGCCUGCUGCACUGUUUCCGCUCUGGGAUCUUCUGAGUUACGUUUUUAGGCUGUGGUUUGGUGAAAGGAACCAACACAUUAACGAUUUUUUCCCCCCAAAAGCCACUGAAUAAUCCCUCUUGGCAUGUUUUCAUGUCCCCAUUGGCUGCCUGGUUUGGAAGCCCUUGUGGAGAAGAGGACAGAACCGGUACCACGCAGAGGCGUGGAACUGCCUGUUUCUGGCAUGUGUCCUGGGUGUGUGCUACACCUGCUGGGCCCGCUGCACACGAUUCUGUCCCUGGAGUGGCAGCAUUAACAGCAUGGGUGUCUCUGGAAGUUUGAAGUGGACUGUCCUAGGAAGUGUCCCUGACAGAAUUCCCUGUUCUCUACGACCCCAGUUGGGUUUUCAGCCCCUCCAGCAACUCUAUGCCCCAGUCAGUCCUAUCUUUCCUCCCAUCCUCUCUGUCUGCUAGUCCUUGAAGCCUUUAACCAAAUGGGAGUGGGUACAGAAAGCCUUCUCCUGGCAACUUAGGGCAACAGGACAAGGGCUAUUGUGUGUCCAGCUCUGUUGGUCUCCUGGUGCUGAGAGAUAUGUCCAAGCAGAGUUGAUCAGCCCCUGCCUGCCCUGCAGGGCUGAAGCCAGGGGGAGGUUAGCAGAGAGUACCCUAAAUGAGGUGGGAGUCCUAAGAUCUAAGUGAGGAGGGUCUGGGGUGUGGCUACAAGGUGAGACCCGGUCUCCUGCACCUGGGUAGGGUCAUCAGGGAUCUGGCUGCGAGGUGAGGCCUGGGUGUUCGCACCAGUGCAGGGCGAUCAGCCGUCUGGCCUCAGCAGACAGCAGCCUUGGUGCCCACCCGUGCCCUGCGCAGUAUUUAUUGCUAAAUUAUUGUCCAGGAGGGGCGGCGCUGGGCCUGGCCCCCCGGGUAUUUAUUGCUGUACAUAGUGUAUGUUUGUGAUAUAUAAGGUUUUCUUUAUUUUGUAUAUGAUCAAUAAACGCCUUUUAAAGAGA